AAAGAUUGAUAGGGCAAGAAAGUCCCACAUGGCUCACUAGAAUUUAAGGCAAAACCUUUAGUUAUGGCCUAUCAACCAACAAAAAGCCACAACCAAAAGAAUAGGAAGAAUGACAAAGUCAAAUUCUUAUAGAAUAAAUGAAAUAGUAACAAAGAGAGAAGAAAUCAACACUUGAAAUUGAAAUCGUCGAAAAAUGAGUGUAGUUGUUGUUGAUGGUCCAAUGAUGGAAGAAUUCGUUGAUGACGCUGAGGCGUUUGGCAAGUGGACGGACAAACAUUUUGAUAUGCUAGACACAGAUGGAAACGGGGAAUUGUCUCGAGAUGAGCUCCAAAACAGGAAAGGUAAAUUCUCAUCGUCUGAAUUUGAGUUGCAAAGCAAGGAAGAAAUUUCAAGUUUGUAUGACAUCCUUAUUGAAAGAUUUGAUAUUGACAAAAGUGGAACUAUUGAUAGACAAGAAUUCAAGGCUCUUACAAAAGAAAUCAUGUUGGCUAAGGCUAGAGGGAUUGGAAAUUCCCCUGUUUUAGUCAUUCUUCAAGGGGAUAGCCUUGUUAUGAGGGUUGUUCAACGUUUUUCAGCAAAAAAAUAACUCAUAUUUAUUUAUCUUCCUUAUUCA